UUACACUUUAACGUGCAAGCAAUGUCCGACAGCGUCUAAAAGAAGUUUCGGGUUUUUAUAUCCAGUGGAUGUCAACGAAAGUGUGAAUCUCAAGCCUCCACUGUCGAUGGGAGGAUCACCAGGUGGAAGAAAAAAAUGAAUCGCUGGUGGAAUAAACCUGCAGAAACUAAGUACCACGGUUUGUACAACCACGGGGCAACAUGCUACCUGAACAGUGUGCUGCAGGUUCUGUUCAUGACCGAAGAAUUCAGGGAAGCUGUGAUCAGAUUGACCAAUCCCAGUAAGGAGCACAUUGAUCACCACCUUAGACAAUUGUUUGAAGAAUUAUCGCACCGGACAGCAGAUCCAUAUGAUAUAUUAAGAGCUCUAGAAGUCAACAAUGUGCGUGAGCAGCAAGAUGCAGCAGAAUACUUUGAGAGGAUCUUAAGGAAGACCAGUGGAAAUGCAGCAAAGAUCUUUCAUGGACGGCUGAGUCACAGGACCGAGUGUUUAAACUGUCAGACAGUGACUGACAGUGAAGGUCCGUUCUGGCAUCUUCCUCUUGAACUGGAAGAUUCGCCUGGUGAAAACUACAGCGUGGAGAACGGCAUCAAUAUGUUUUUCACACCAACUAUAUUCAAUGGAGAUAACCAGGUGUACUGUGAAAUCUGUGAUGCUAAAGUUGAUGCUACCAGAAAAUAUGUAAUAACUCAACAUCCAGAUGUUCUGCUUCUGAUGCUGAAGAGGUUUGACUUUAGCUACCAGUUCAUGUCUUACAUCAAAAUCCACUGUAAAGCUGAUGUUCCUCACACCAUUAGGAUUCCAGAGAAUCAGACGUAUGAGCUCUAUGCAGUUGUGGAGCAUUUUGGAGAUCUGAGAGGAGGACAUUAUCACGCAAAAAUCAAGUCCAAGGAUGAAGGAGGCAAAUGGUUCGUCUUUGAUGACAGUUCGGUCACGCAGCGAAGCAAAAGUCCUUUUCCUGACAAUGUGGAUGUUGUACAAUCCCACAGUGCUUAUCUUCUAUUUUAUAGGAGGAAAGGAACGGAAGAAAUGAUGCGGAGCUCCAAUCCAGACCCCAAAUGUGUUCAUGCAAAGAGUAACGUACAUGCUGGACCAAAUAAUUACCAAGUAUUUCAUGAUAACACAACUCAAGGUGUUACAAAACAUGAGGAUUAUGACCUCAAGGUACGUGGAAAAGCCAAGCAGGGGGAUGAUAAGGAUAUUUGCUCUAUUCAGCAUAAAGGCAGGGAUCAUGUACCAGUGGAGCAAACUGUGUCUAAAGAAAACCAACCAGACACUCGAGGUUUUAGACUUGGUCAAAGCAAAAACCCUCCUGUUCAUGCUGCACCUAAUAUACCAGAUGACAUGAUUGAUUUACAUGGAUCAUCUGAAGGAAAGUCUGAUGAGAAUAAACAGAUAUAUGAGGGACAAAAACAUGAGAGAGCAAACAGUCAUGCUCAGGACAAAACCACAAUGGAUGCCAACUCUACCGAGCAGGUAAAACCUGUUCUCCCUGCUUAUGAUCAGAUUCAAGUCAAUGAUCACAAAAAGCAAAAAGCAAAUGUCUUUGAAGAUACACAAGCUAACCUUAAUGAUGAUUUUAAACCUAAAACGGAUUACCAAAGUGAGAUCAGAUAUGAAAAUGAACAGAAAAGAGAGACAGAGGCAUGUUUGAAUGAUGGAUCUGCACGGCAUCAUGUUGGUAAAGGAUCUGGUUAUGUUCCUCAAAGCAAACACAAAUAUAAGGAAAAUAAUCAAAAGGAUGGUGAGAAAAAUGAAGCACAUAAAUUUACUAAAAAUUGCAACAAGUCAGCUGAAAGGAGUAUAUCAACCUGUCCCUCUUCCUCUUUUAAAAAAGAGGAAGAGGGACAAACUGGUUCUACUCAAGCUAGUUGUUAUCUGGAUAGCAGAGAAGCUGAUGGAAGUAAAGAGAGGAAACCAAAACUUGGUCAUAUCGUAGAUCCCCACACGAUCUACAAAGACCACAAAGAGCACAGUGAAAAUAUCAAUACUGAUAUGAGAAAACUAUCAGUGAUAAAUCCAUUGGCUCUGAAGAACGGAAACACUGAACCAGAAGCCAAAGGUGAACAGAAAGAUUAUGGUUUGAAGACCCACACCAAAAGUCAGGAAACUGAAAAAUAUAUUGAGGAUUUUCACAAGCAAUCUGGAUCAGGAAAAAAAGAGAGCCUGAAAGGGAACCAAGCAGCAGACAGGGAGAGAAAAACAAGCCAGGGAGAUUAUCAAGCAAAUACAAAAAAAGGAGUUAAGAGUUCUGCAGAUGGGCAGCAUAGAUUUCUUCAAUAUAAAGUAAUCGAAGAAGUAAGUGGCAGCAGUACUGGUAAUAAAAUUAUGACAAGAACAAUCUCACAGGGUUUCAUUAAACGGAAGGAAGAAAAUAAUACAGAACAGCACAUAACUGAAGAACAAAGACAUCGGACUUUGGUUGAACGAAAACACACAACCAGGUCAAACAGAAGACAACAUAAAAAUCUUAGAAAAAUAAAACAUUCAAAUCUUUCCUCACUGAAAGAAUUCCCUAAUACAUGGCUUGAGGUGGCUAGGACAGAUGAUUCUUUAAAAAGAAGAAGGUUUCUUAAAACCAAGUGGCCGUAUUGAUAACGUAAAAUGAAUCAACACACACAGAAGAAAAAAUAAAAAGAGAUCAGCUAUGUCUUGUUUACCCAUUUCGACCAACAAAUGUGCAAAUCAUGAAUCAGAAUAAAAUGUUUAUGAGGUCAGCAGAACUCUGGUGGUUUAGCUUACUGGGAACCAUUCUGGAGGUGCAAGCAUAGAAAACAAAACCUAGACUGAGAUUUUGUUUCAGAUGUUUGUUGUAAAUACAGCCUUCUGGUUUGGUAAUUCUUGUCUCAUUGUUUCUGUCUAUAACAGCUCAAUAUUAUAAGGCCAAAUAGGAUCAAUUGUUCUGUGAUUAUCUGCAAAACGACACAAUAAAAGCCAUUUUCGUUGUUCGAUAAACUGACUUCACUAAAAAGCUUGUUUGUUGCCUCAACUUACAAUUGAGAGAAAAAUCACUUUUUCAUGCAAAGGCGACAAAAAAUAAAACAUUUGUUUUCACUGUUAUUCACGUUCACUGUGUAAACAAUGUAAUAAACGUGAAGCUGGGUUUGGAAAUAUGGGCAUGCAAAGUUUUCAACAGUGCUCUGAAGAAAAAAAUUACGUGUGUAUAUUUGAUUCAGAGACAUUAUAAGAGGCACUGGAAACAAUGUGGUCAAAUGAAUUUGAUAAACUACUGAAUGUUGAACCAGCAACAUUUUGACAUUGUAUAACUUAGAUUCUGAGGCAUUUGGGUUGUGUUUUUAUUGAAAGGGGUUCAGAUUUACAUGUGUUAUUCAAAGACGGACUCUGAUGUGAUAACGGCAUCUGUUUGGUUUAUUUAUUUAUUUUCAAUAGAAUGACCAAUAAAUGCAUCAUUGUGAUUGGAUCAUGAUAUCCCAUCAGAGUUUGUUUACAUCACUAUAUGCAUUUCAUGUUCAGGGUCAGUUUAAGCUCCACUUUUUCUUGGUGCUUCAUCACUGUGUAACAUAACCACUAUGUUUUUUUUUGUUUUGUUUUUUUUCCUGGAUAAAUACAUUGAAGAGUAAAUGUAUCAUUUAUCUUCGAUGCUUUGGAUUUUUUGUUUGGAUUGGGACUUUGGAUUAACACGGAAAAAUUCUCCCAGGAUAUGGAACUCUUUUAGGACAAAAUUCGCAUUAAAAAGGAUCGGAAAUAUUUGGACAUUUAACCAUUUGGGUUUCUUUACUGAAAUGAACUGAGUGAAUUAAAUCUCACCUAAACUUAUUUUUGAGGGAUUUUGCGUUACUGAUUUAUUUAUCAGGAUAACUAUUAUUAUUUUCUCAAUUUGUGGGUUUUGUAAUAAAUCAUUGUUGCUAAAACUCAGCAAAAUUUCAUAUUGAGUGGUUGGCUAUUUAUGUACUUCUCAAUUUAACUGGUGUAACAUAUUUACCUGAUGCUCACAUCAGGUAAAUAUGAACUCACAAAUACACCCCCCAUCCCCCUUGAGUGUAUUUGUGAGUUCUGCUUUAAAUAGAAGCAGAAUUUUACAACUCGGUCUUUUUUCUUUCUUCUUCUCCUCUGUUGUUGACUAGUGUCAUGGUGAUGGUACAAGCAGCACUACAGGUGCAUGCAUGGUGGGACUAACUUCUAGAAAUAUAAGCAUGUGUCUGGUGAUUGAUAAAAAUAGCCUAGUUGUGCAACAUUUGUAUUCAUCUUAAUUAACAUCUGUGAAGAAUACAUAUGAAGACAAUUAAAGGAAGAAUUUAAGAAAAAUAUAAAUGUGUUGUCAUUUGCUUUUUUAUAUCACUUGAUGGAUGUGCUCGUGGAAGUUUGUUUCUUUUUGAAUGAGUGACAUAUUAUGUGUAUAAGGACAGCACUGUUGUACAGAAAAGCAAGGAUUGUUGCAUAGAUUAUAUUGUUGUAUUAGGAAUUUUUUUGUUUAUUAUUAGAUAAUAAUUCAAUAUGUGAUUAAAUGCCGUGAAUUGCAAAAUGUAAAGGUUUGCAUUGAUUUUAAGUUUUAAUUAGAAUUUUUAGUUUUCUGAUUUCCUGUAAUAAACUUGAAUUAUCAACCAAA